UCGUUGUGUUUUCUGUAAUCAGGUAAUUAUACUAACGGACAAUAAUAAUUUACUCGACAUUAAUCACUGCAAAAAUGUAUUUAUUAGGAUAAGCAACUGGAUGCCUUUUCCAAGACUCAAGUCACGAAAGCCACUUUCAACCCCUGGGCUCCUCCUAGCUAUAACAAAAAGCAGAAGCAAGUUACGUGUAAAAAGUGUACGCAAACCCAAAGCAAGACGCUCACUUGCAUGACCUGCACCAAGACUAUGCCACUUGAACGUUUUGCAAAGAGUCAGCGAAGAAACGCCGAAAAAGCUAGAUGUCUGAAGUGCAUGAAGAAACGUGAAGAGGAAGAUGUGGACGACUCUGAACCGGAUUCAGACGACUCGGAUGACUAUGGUUACAAGGAGACAUGGCAUGACAUUAUGUAACAAUAACGAUAUAUCCAACAAAUUCAAUGUAUCCCAUCAGCCCAAAACAUCCAGCACUUAAGGAAAAAGGGACUAUAACAGCAUUUAUUAAGGAGUGGUUUGGCUUUUUUUUUUCACUGGAUGAAUCAACAUUCCCUCAACCAAAAUAAUGGAUCGUUUCAAAUUGUAAAAAGAAGGGUAAUGAAAAUCGGCAAUCGGGCUGACUGUAAUAAAAAAAAACC